CUCAUGCUCCAGCAGCAGCAGCAGCAGCGGAGUCAAGCCAAGCCAGGCAACAAAAACUGCCAGCAUGGCAGCAAAACACUUUUACCGACAGGGCUUUUUAUUACUUCUAUUUAAUUUUAUCUCAACCGCAGCCUUGGAAAAAAGGUUCUCCGACUUUAAAAGAUGCGCCGAUGAGGAGUGCAGCAUGCUUCUGUGUCGGGGAAAAGCUAUGAAAGAUUUCUCCGGACCAGACUGUCGGUUCCUGUCUGUCAAAAAAUCAGAAACUAUCUACGUAUACUACAAACUUGCAGGCAGAAGGAACGACAUAUGGGCUGGAAGUGUUGGAAGUCACUUUGGCUAUUUCCCAAGCGAGGUUCUUUCAGUUAACCACCUUUAUACUGAAAAGGAAAUUGAAAUUCCAGCAGAGGAAACAGAUUUUGUCUGUUUUGACACUGGAUUUGAUAAGUUCAACAAUUAUGACAUAGAUUUAUUGUUAGGCUAUUCGCUAGAGGAGAAUGUGGGUGAAAAUAAGGAAACAUCUGACCAAAUCCAAGAAACACAACCAUCAGCAGAGGAAGCGAGUGACGGUGAAAAACAAACUGAGCAUCCUGAUAACUCUGAGGAUCUUGAUAAAGUCCCAGAUGAUCAAAGUGCCUCUUUACCUGAACCUGAUGUGGUAACUGAACCACCUUCACUAGAAGAACUAGAAGAAGUAGAGGCUGAUACAGCAGCUACACCUGAUCCUACUGAAAGGGCUGCAGAAGAAGUUGAGAAAACCCCUGUAGAGUCUGUUCCUGAAAAUGUCGUGCUAGAAGAGAGUGAAGCCAAAGAGAUACUAAAAUCUGAAGAGGAAUCUGCACCCAAAGACAAUUUUGUUCGAGAAGACGAACCAGUCUCGACUUCUGAAGGAGUGCGAAUCCCUGAAAUAAAAACUACCCUUGGAUCAACUUUCGAUGCUGUCAUCAGCAACAAAGAAAUCACAAAGAAUGUAACCCCUUAUGAAGAGGAGGAGAGCGAAAAUGUGCAGAAUAAUUCAGAAGAAGACGUUGAUGUUAAAGCCAAAACUCCACUGCUGUCUUUCACUGAAGAAACAGUGAACACUCCAGCAUCUGAUUCCCUCGAAAAGGGUGAAAGUCCUCCAACAACGCAUGAUGAUAAGCCAGCGGCUCCAGAGGAGAAGGGCAUGUGGACAUCGAUUGGAGACGCUGUUUUUUCAGUUGUCACUGGGGGAGAAAGGACAGCACACGAUCUGAGUUCAGAGGAGGAUGACGACGAAGACGAUGAUGAAGAUGAGAGGGAAGAAGCCACUCCAAAAACACCUCAGAGUUAUGAGGAGACACAGCCAGCUGUAGAAGAAGAACCACUACCGGUGGAAUCGCCAAAAGAGCCAGAAACCAUAGAGCCAGAAGAGUUAGAUCUGGAUGAUGAGAGUGAUGGAGAAGUAGUCGGACCCCAGGACGCUUUGGAGGAAACUUUAAAACCAACGGAGGAGCCGGUACACCAUCAUUUAGAAACAAGAACAAUAUCAGUGGAUCCAGUAUCACAAGAUGAUACGUCUACUACUCCAGAGGCUCAAAACUUGGAUAUUAAAACAAUAGAUGAAGCCCCUGAGGAAGAGGAGGAAGUGGAGAUCAAUAAUGAUAAUGACAGCAGCAUUGUAAUCGAGCAUAGUGAGGAUUUGGACAAUGAAUUGGACGAGAACAAAACAGCGACGGAUGAAGAAUUAGCCGGUACCGAAACUGAAACUCAUCAGGUGCCGAUCACUGAGGAGAUACAAUCAAAAAGUUCAGAUGUAAAACAUGAUGAAAAGACAGUUAAUGAUGAAAUACCUAAUCAGAUACAAGAUCAUUUAGUGAUAGAUUUAGAGAGUAAUAGCAGCCAGACAGAAUUAUCUGUGGAGGAACAAGAGAUUCACAAGGAUUAUGUUACAGAUGUGUGGGAAGAUGAAGAAGAAGGAGAGGUGGAGGAACAGAGAGACGAGGAGGAGAAAGUAGAAUUACUUGAAGAUGAAAACGCACUUUCUUACUCAGAAUCGGACAGCACAGACCCAGACGAACCCUCGCGUGAAUCAGCUCUGCCCACUGAGUCGACCCCAGAGCCAGAAUACAGUGACAGCGUGUUGAGAUUGACUCUGCUCCGAGGCCACUUCACAGAGGAAAAAAUGGCAAAGAUCCAAACGCUUCUGGGUCUCAAGAAUCUCUUCAAAGUGGAGGACAUGUUCUCUGACUUGGACACAGAAAUGCAGGCUACCCGUGUCUCGCACACAGGUGCUAACAAAGACAUUGAAAAUGCACUCGAGGGCAUCCUGGAAGCCUCCGAGAACGCCAUCCUGGAUGAGAUCGAGAAGAUGCUGGAUGAGCGAGACGCAAAGCAGAAUUAUGAAGAAGAAAGGGACAUAAGUAGUUCAGACGAGGAGACUGAAAUACUGGAUGACUUCCAGGAGCUCGCAUUCAGCCUACGACAAAAGUAUUCGACAGCAAGUGACAGCACGCCUCUGGCAACAGGAAACCAUUCAGAUAUUCAUGAAGAUGAAGACAAAUUAAAAGUAAAAGAUGACACACCUCACAUCGUUGCAGAAGACAUUAUUGAGAGCGUCCCUGAGGCUGAGAGCGAUGACAACCUCACAGUAACAGAUCAGGAGGAAAGGCCAGCAGAGACUAAAGAGGAGCAGGUGGUUUUGGAUGAGGUGCACAGUGGACCGGACAUCAGCGUGGAGGAGGAUGGUGGACACUUUAAUAAAAACAAAGACAAUCAGCCGAGCUUCAGCGCAUCAGACGAGAUGCAGAAGGUCCCUCAAGCCACCCUGGAAAACCCCUUAGACAUGGGCCUCGGCGUCGAGGUUGAGCAGUCACCCUCAGGAUCUUUGGAUCCCAUGGAACCAGUACCUGAAAUUCACGAAGAAGAAGAAGAAGAAGUGGGAUUAUUCUCAACUGGAAUUGUUUACAUGGGCUGCAUCCUUUCGAUGACAAAAAGUAAAAUUACAGAGUGGACUAUUGAGAUGAUUGCAUUACUGCCAGAAGAGUGGAAGCCAGGAGAAACCAUAUUGGGUUGUCCUUGGCAAGCUGUUGUCAUCACUGCUUUGGUUGGAGUAAUGACCUUCACCCUCUUCUUCUGGAGGACCGUGUUGGCAGUAAAGAAGAGAGAAUACCUUGUGGAUGAAAAAAAGCUGACCGAGCAAAUACUGUUGCUGAAAAAAGAGAAGAAUGAUGCUCUCACCAAAAUGUCUGAACUUGAGAAACAGACUGAAAACCUAAAAGAAAAACAAAAACAUUCAAAAGAAACUGUUAGUUCCACAGUGAAAAAGAUGCAAGACCUGGAGAGUAAAGUUUUAGCAGCAGAAACACGGAACGAACACAUGGUUGAGGAAAAGAACAAAUACGUAAAACUACUCGAAGGCGAGAGAGCAAACUCGCUGCAAAACGGCACCAGGAUUGAGAAAUUGGAGAAGUCAAAUGAGAAGCUACAGCUGAGCAGGAAAAAGAUUCAGGAAGCUCUCACUAAGACUGCUGUUCUCCUGGACGAGGCCAAGAUUCGUGAAGACGCCCGAAAUGUUCAGCACAAAUGUCUUGAGAAAGAUUACGCAGCACUAAAACAAGAAAAUAAAACACUCAAGACGACCAUUAAAGGAUGGGAGGACAAACACAAAGAGCUGAACGAGCAGAUUAAAGUCUAUCAGAAGUCUCAGAAAGAGCUAGAGGACUCGGUGGUGCUCAAAGAUCACAACGUAGAGGUGCUGUCCGACCUUCUGGGUGACCUAGACGCUUGUGAUUCCCAAAAAGGUGACACCAAAGUUUUAGCCAAUGGUGAAGUAGCACCUGUGUCUUUUUCAGACAAGAAGACAGCCAUAAAGAACAGGAUCAAACAGAUGAUGGAUGUUUCUCGGGUCCAGACAACUCUCUCUGUGGUCGAGGAAGAGCGUGAUCGCUUUAUGACCAAACUACUGAAUGAAGAAAAGACCAGAAAGUCACUGGAAGAACAACACCAGGAGCUCGAACAUGCAAUCGCAUCCCUCAAAGGCGAGAAGAGUCAUGUUGAAAACCAGUUCAAGAUCCUCCAGCAGAAAAACGAAAUCAUGGUGGAAAUGUAUCAGCAGAAGGAAAAUGCUUUGCAGCAGAGAUUAACGAAGGAAGAGCUGGAGCGCCGCAGCAAAGAGAGCCAGCUGUCUGAGGUGGGAGGAAAAGCUGUCGAGGCCGAGGAGCAGGUUAAAAUCUUACGACAGCGCAUUAAUGAAAUGGAGGACCAGAUGAAAAAGACGGAGGAGGUCUAUAAAGAGCAGAUAAAAGAACAGGAAAACAAAACUCACUCAAACUGGGUAAAUGCUCGUAAUGCAGAGCGAGCGCUGAAUCAGGAGAAGCUUGAAGCAUCAAAGCUCCGUGAAAAACUGGCUGUGCUCACCUCCCAGCUUAAUGAGCGCCGCGCUCCUCUCUUCAGGCCGAACUCUGGACAGCCGGCAGGCCCUCGCCAAGGUGAUUCAUAUGGGCCCUCUCCUGUGAGUGGAGGUGCACCAUCCCCUCCGAUAAUGAUAGAGGGUCCCAGGCGCCCUCCUUCUGCCCCAGUGGGGCGAAGAAUUGACCCGUAUGGUCCACGACCUCCAUCAGACCCACACGGUCGUUACGCUGAAAACAAACACAUCUCUGGGAUGGACAUGAUGGGCCCCCGGAGCUCAUCACCUGCCAACAUGGACGUAUCUACAGAAGCAAUAGAUCCACAGAUAAAAGCAGAGGCUCAGGCUGAGGUCUCCACAGACAGUCCAGAGCCAGGACCUGGAUCCUUCCUAGCGUCUCCGAUCAGGGACUCUCCCGGACCUCCCCCCGGCCCUGGACCCCAUGACCCGCUCCUCCCACCUGGACCCCACAGCCGCCUGCCACCUCCUGGACCUUACAGACCGCCACGACCUGGCCCCUACCACCUCCCACCAGGUCCUCAUGGUCCUCUUCCUCCAAAUUUACCUCCUCUUCAUCACGGGCCACCACUACCAGCCAACGGGCACCCAGGCAUGCCGCUGCCCGGACCAAUGGGAGGAGAGUUUGGACCUCGACCCGCCAACGGACAUGCAUUCCACCCCAGGCCAGGCCCUGGACAUGUCAUGGAUCCUCGGGGUCCACCACCGCCACACUUCCGUCCCCCUCCACCUCAUCACUUUGGACCGAUGCCUCUGCCACAUGGUGUCCGUGGACCGAUGGGACCACGUCCACCCAUCCCUCCUGACAUGCGUUACCCAGGACCGCGUGACCACAGCGGUCUACCAAUGAACCUGCCUCCAGGCGUCCCUCCCCAUCCUGCACAUGGUGACGCAUACGGUCACGCUCCACCCGACGCCCUCCAUAACUCUCACAGCGGGCCGGGACAGGACCUGCAUGUGAAGCAGGAGGCCCCUCAGGACUCAGCGAGGCCAGCGAUGGUCAAGCCUUAAAGACGCCGCCGGCUGUGGCAGAGGACUUGAAUUUACCCCGAACCCAUCACAUUAAUAACCCAAACAUAGGUCAUGAUUAUUUUCAUAUUUCAGUUAUAUAAAAUAAAAACUGCAAUGAUGUUUAUUAAAAAAACAAAAAAAAAACAUGGUCCUUAAAUUAAAGCAUUAAUAAUUAUGUGUCUGAAAUCAAUACGAGUUGAGAGGGUUGCCACUUUUCUAAACUGCUUAUUGUGCAAUAAUAAGUCAUUAUAUGCCAGAGGAUUUUCAUUUUUGUUGAUCUUUUAAAAAAAUAUAUAGCAAUGAUUUUUAAGGGGCAAUUUUUUAAAUGUCAUUUCCUGUGGAAAUUAUUUUGGAAAAAAAAGGAGGGAGUUUAGCUUCUAGCAUUUCAGGAAAACCAUAAUUUCCCAAAGCUGUUGCUUUAGAGUCGACUGUAAAGCAAAUGUGUAAUUUGAUGGCCAGAUGUAUAACUUAUUUUACUAUGUGGGUAGAACUUUUAAUAAUAAAGAAUGUAAAAGCUGUCAGUGUUAAAUUACUAACUGGUUACAGUUCCCUUACAGUGGAUGUAUUUUACACAGGCUCUUCUUACAUGUGUCUUAAGGCGUUUGCUUUAUUUUGAAAAUAAGACUGCUCAGUGCUGCUGCUGAGACAAAAACAUUAACUUCAGUUCUGUUCAUUAAAAGUCAGUUGACAUGUUGAAUUAUCCCAAAACGGAGUGUACCAUAUUUAGCUUAGUGUUUAUACUGACACUGCUACCAUUUAUAUUAAUGAUUUAAGACGUUUAUCUGUUUUGCUUUUUAACUUAGAGAGCCUGAAAGUCGAGUCAUAGCUCUUUCAAGAGGAGUUUCUAACCCUACUUAAAAGUUAAUGUAAUCCUCACUUAAUAGAGCAAAUAUAAUGUAUUCGUAACAUUCAGGAAUUUUAUAUUUUCAUAAAUAA